AGUCAAGUCCUCCACUGCAAGACAGCAGCUUCUCCUGAUAAAAAACUUCCACUUAUUCCUUGCUCCUCUCUCAGUGCAGUGGUCUUUGCUUCUCUGCGUACCAUUUGCACCAAAAUGGCCAUAAAUGCCAACUUAUCUCCUCUGCCACUGCCAUUGUUGAGUCUCAUCCUUCUUUCGAGCUGCUUAGUCUGCUCGGCAUUCACGUCAAAAGACUACUCCGAUGCCCUUGAGAAGUCCAUCCUCUUCUUCGAGGGCCAGAGGUCCGGGAAGUUGCCCUCUAACCAGCGGCUUACCUGGAGGGGCGAUUCCGCCCUAUCUGACGGCUCGUCUUAUCAUGUGGACUUGACAGGGGGGUACUAUGACGCUGGAGACAAUGUGAAGUUUGGGUUGCCGAUGGCUUUCACGACCACAUUGCUUGCGUGGAGCGUGAUAGAGUUUGGGAGCUCGAUGCAGGGCCAAAUCGAGAAUGCCAGGGCUGCUGUCCGUUGGAGCGCUGAUUAUCUCCUCAAAGCAGCCACCGCAACUCCAGGCACCUUAUAUGUUCAAGUGGGAGACCCGAACAUGGACCACAAGUGCUGGGAGAGGCCAGAGGACAUGGAUACGCCAAGAAAUGUGUACAAGGUGUCGACCCAAAAUCCGGGAUCUGAUGUGGCGGCUGAGACUGCAGCAGCCCUUGCUGCAGCCUCCAUCGUGUUCAAGGACUCUAACCCUUCUUAUUCUGCAAAAUUGCUCGAGACUGCCAAGAAAGUCUUUGAUUUUGCGGACAAAUAUCGUGGAUCCUACAGCGACUCCCUCAACUCCAUUGUGUGCCCAUUUUAUUGCUCCUACUCAGGAUACCAAGAUGAGCUUCUCUGGGGAGCGUCAUGGAUUCAUCGAGCUUCACAGGACAGCUCCUACCUGACCUACAUUCAGUCCAACGGCCACACGAUGGGAGCAGAUGAUGAUGUCUUCUCAUUCAGCUGGGACGACAAGAGGGCUGGCACGAAAAUCCUCCUCUCCAAGGACUUUUUAGAGAAAAAUUCGGAAGAAUUUCAGCUGUAUAAGGCACACUCCGACAGAUACAUAUGCUCUCUGAUUCCCGGGGCCUCUGGUUUCAGUGCUCAAUAUACUCCAGGGGGACUUCUAUACAAGCAAAGUGAGAGCAACCUCCAAUAUGUGACCACCGCAUCAUUCCUCACCUUGGUUUAUGCAAAGUACUUGACAUCCAACGGAAAAGCCGGCGUCUCCUGCGGGGCCUCAACAAUCACGGCGGAGCAGCUCAUCUCCCAGGCCAAGAAGCAGGUAGACUACAUCCUUGGAGACAACCCCGCGAAGAUGUCCUACAUGGUGGGGUUCGGUCCCAAGUACCCGCAGCAUAUCCACCACAGGGGCUCUUCUGUCCCCUCUGUCCGGGACCACCCCGACCGCAUCCCCUGCAGCACUGGGUUCCAGUACCUCUACUCAGGCUCGGCCAACCCAAACAUUCUAGUUGGGGCCAUAGUCGGCGGACCCGACAACAGCGACAACUUUGCAGAUGAUCGGAACAAUUACCAGCAAUCGGAGCCCGCCACAUAUAUCAACGCUCCGUUUGUUGGUGCCCUCGCGUUCUUAUCAGGCCAAAGUUCGGCAGGCCAUUAAGGCUUUGUCUUCCUAUUCCUACUUCUUCAUUGCUUAAGCUUAUUUUCAUUCCCCAUGGAAAGGCUCCAUUGGAGUGAAUGUGGAAACAAAAAAGUAUCUUCCAGCUUACAUUGUUGGGCUAGCCAUAACAGAGCUAGAAAUUAUUAUGGAAAAUUUACGGGGGCUGCAUAACGGCUUAUUCACGGGUAACUUGUUAUGUAAUAGAAAUUCUGAUCAGUUGUCAAUCUCGGAAUCUA